AUAAGAACAUAUAAAAGCAUAACGGUUGAAACAACCCUUAGUCUAUGGCAAUGGCAGCGUUGGCCUUAUUAGAGGACAUUGCUAAUGGCAGAAUCAGAAGAGAACGAGUUUUUAGGGACCACAAUGAUUUUCUGGCCCAGGAUGAUGACUGGCUUAUCAGCCGUUUCAGAUUUCCAAGGGCUGUCCUCUUGGAGCUCUGUGCUGAGUUGGGUCCGAAUCUAGAGAGAGAGACAAUGAGGAGCCACGCAAUACCCGUUCCCUUGCAGGUGCUGACAACACUUGGUUUCCUGGCAACUGGUUCUUUCCAAAGGGAACUGGCAGACCGCUCAGGAAUAAGCCAGUCGUCUUUGAGCCGGGCAAUGCCAGUGGUAUGGGACGGGAUCAUCCGCAUGUCUGCCAGGUAUAUCAGGUUCCCAUAUGAUGCAUUUGACCAGCCAAACAUUAAAAUGCAAUUUGCAGCGAUAGCCGGUUUUCCUAAUGUUAUCGGAGCGAUCGACUGCACACACAUUGCUAUAAAGGCGCCAUCUGAAGAAGAAUUUGCAUAUGUGAAUCGGAAACAUUUCCAUUCAAUAAAUGUGCAGAUAAUAUGUGAUGCACAAAUGCGCCUAACAAAUAUUGUGGCAAGGUGGCCUGGGUCAACCCAUGAUUCAUACAUCCUUACAAACAGCAUGGUUGGGAUGAGGCUCCAAGCUGGCAGGGUGCGUGAUGGGUGGCUUCUUGGAGACCGCGGUUAUCCACUAAAGACGUGGCUUUUAACCCCCCUCACCAACCCACAAACUGACCGAGAGCGCAGAUACAAUAAUGCCCAUUCUCGCACUCGUUCAGUUGUAGAGCGGGCGAUUGGGCAGCUGAAAUGUCGGUGGCGCUGCCUUGACAGGACUGGGGGGAUGUUGUUAUACCGCCCUGACAAGGUGUGCCGCAUUGUGCUGGCCUGUGGUGUGCUGCACAAUGUCGCGCAUAGGCAUGGCAUACCACUUGGUGAGGUGGCAGCACCGCCAGAUGACCCCGACCCAGGACCAAUUUAUGUGCAGCCCAACCAACAAGCCGUUCAUGCCCGCCAACAUGUGAUUGCGACAAUAUAAAUGCAUGUGUCAAGACGCGACCAGACGGACGGGCGUCAGCACUGGGGAGAGCACUGGAAACGCUGGGCACAGUGGGCGCUGGCUGCUCAGGAGGGGCGGACUCCGAGUGCCCCUCCUGGGAAGUGG